GCUUCACAGAUAUCUCGGUCAUUUCCUUUUCUACACUUCGUCGUUUUAAAAAUCAUCUAUGUGAGCUGAAGGGAGAGAACGGAAACAUUUGAUCGUCUUUUUUCCAAAGGAAUGAUUUGAGAGUGUAUUCGUGCCAUGGCGGAGGAGAGCGGUGUGUAGGUCAGGAGAACAGUCCAAACUCUUGACAGUAUCCGGGUCCGACUGCAGCCACCAUGAGCUGACAACUGUGGCAUCUUGUACUAAAGCUGACUUGAACACAUGGCACGGAUAACCCUGUCCUGCCUGCCGGCGUCCUGGUACUGCAGCGUGACGCUGCUGUCUCUGGGAUGUGCUCCCAGGCAGAGGCUGCUGUUCCUGCUGCUGCUGUUCAUCAGCUCGGCCAUCCUCCUGCUGGAGACCUACCACCGGCAGCUGUGGGGCUCCCAGCGACAACCCGGGGCCGGCGUCAACAAAUUCCUCUCCUUUGCUGAGUCCAUGGAGGCCACGGACGUCCUCAAUCCUGCUCUGAAUUAUGGGAUAGUUGUGGACUGCGGCAGCAGCGGCUCCAGGGUGUUUGUGUACUACUGGCCCCCCCACAACGGGAACCCCCACACCCUGCUGGACAUCCAACAGAUGAGGGACCGGGACCGCAAACCUGUGGUCAAAAAGAUCAAACCUGGCAUCUCCACUCUGGCGUACAAACCCGGGCAGGCCAGCGACUACCUGCAGCCUCUCCUCAGCUUCGCUGCCGCUUACGUUCCAAAGAAGAAGCACAAAGAGACGCCGCUUUACAUCCUCUGCACGGCCGGGAUGCGGCUGCUACCGGAGAGCCAGCAGGCGGCCAUCCUGGACGACCUGGUCACCGACGUUCCUCUGGAGUUCGACUUCUUGUUCUCCCGCUCUCAUGCGGAGGUCAUCUCUGGGAAGCAGGAAGGGGUGUACGCUUGGAUCGGGAUCAACUUCGUCCUGGGUCGGUUCGACCACGCUGACGGCGAGGAGGCCACGGUGGAGGUGACGACCGGCUCUCAGAACCAGCCGUCCAUCAGCCGGCGCCGCACCGUGGGCAUCAUGGACAUGGGCGGAGCCUCCCUGCAGAUCGCCUACGAGGUUCCCAGCGCCAUCACGUUCAGCUCCCCUCAGGAGGAGGAGGCGGGGAAGAGCGUCCUGGCAGAGUUCAACCUGGGCUGUGACGUGGAGCACACGCAGCACGUGUACCGGGUCUACGUCACCACCUUCCUGGGCUUUGGAGGAAACAUGGCCCGGCAGCGCUACGAGGACCGGCUGGUCAACAGCACCUUCACCAAGAGCAGGUUCCUAACCUCCCAGACGGGUCUGAGCGAGGCCAAGCCGUACCUGGACCCGUGUCUGCCGGUGGGCCUGUCGGACACCGUGGUCCGGGACAACCGCACGCUGCACCUGAGGGGGCAGGGGGACUGGGCCCGGUGUCAGGAGGCCGUCAGACCCUUCCUGGGCCUGCACAACGGCACCAUGUCCCCGCAGGGCGUCUACCAGGCUCCCAUUAACUUCAGCAACAGCGAGUUCUUCGGCUUCUCUGAGUUCUUCUACUGCAUGGAGGACGUGCUGAGGAUCGGAGGCCGGUACAACAGUGAGAAGUACAGCCGCGCCGCCAAGGACUACUGCGCCACCAGGUGGUCCACGCUGAAGCAGCGGCUGGACAACCAGCUGUUCUCCCAGCAGGCCGACUCCAACAGGCUCAGGUUCCAGUGCUUCAAGUCGGCCUGGAUGUACGAGGUUCUGCACUCCGGUUUCCGUUUCCCCUCCGACUACCCGAGCCUGAAAACGGCUCAGCUGGUUUACGACAAGGAGGUCCAGUGGACCCUGGGGGCCAUCCUGUUCAAAACCCGCUUCCUGCCUCUCAGGGACCUGCAGCAGGAAACGCUGCGGCAGAACCACCCCAGCUGGCUGCGCACCUCCUUCGUCUACAACCACCACCUGUUCUCGCUCUGCAUCCUGGUGGUGCUGCUGGCCAUCCUGCUCUACAUCCUGCGCCUGCGCAGGAUCCACCAGCGAGAGCUGCGGCAGGCCGAGGUGCUGGACCUGCUGUGGGUGGAGGAGGGGGAGGCCCUGCUGCCCUGAGGCCCGGACUGGGACCUGGACCUGGACCUGGACCAGGACCUGCUGUGGGCGGAGGAGGGGGAGGCCCUGCUGCCCUGAGGCCCGGACCGAGACCAGGACCAGGACCGGGACUCUAACCUGACCGUAUCUGGACCACGACAACCCAGGAACUGUGAGUACGGACAGAGAAGACCGUUCUCCACAGAAGAGCACAAAGGGAAUGGUGAUGUAAGAGGAGAUCCACGUCUGGACGGAGGAACAUCAUUAAUCACCUCCCCAGUUUCUACUCUGAUGCUGCAGCUCUAAACACUUCCUCCUCUUCAUCACCUCUGGAUUAACAGAACCACCCCGUGUUACAGCAUCAAAACACCGUCUUCUUUCCUCCCAAAUGUUCUCUACGAUCUUCCUGGCAGUCCGGACUUUAGAACUGAUCUCAAUGCCAAGGCAAACCUGUUCACCUCGGAGCAGGAAGUGUGGGAGGGGUUUGUGGCUCCGCUGAGAUGACCCCUCAACGGAGAGGAGGGAGAAGGAACUCCUUCACCUCGGGUUCUUUCAGGAUUCAGGUUUUUUCUUAUCGUUUGACUUGGAUUUGUCUUUUUUUAAUCAAGCGUUCUUGCCUUGUUUUCCCCCUGGCAAGUCCCACUCAGGAAACCAGAUCAUUCAUGGUGGUUCUGUCCUGCUCUCCCGUCUCUCCUUCCACCAGAGGAGACAGAGGUUUGACCGGCGCCGUGGCGUCACAGCGAGACAGAGCUCUGCAGGACGGGGCCGGCCAGCCCCAGAUGUUGCUGCGGAGGCUCCGCGUACGUACCGGUACAUCACACGCUUCCCCGCUCCUGGGAUUUAUAGGACGGCUUUCCGUAAACAGUUUCCUCCAAAGUCCUAAUUGUGCUGUUUUAACGUGCACUCUGGGACUGAAGGUGCACCGUCCCGGGACCGCUGUCCGGUGCGUUAGCGUCUUAUUGUUUGACUUACUGCUUUUUAUCUUCGGUCCCACACUUUCCAAAUUCUAGUGGAUCAUUUCUGUGUUAGACGUCACCGUUUCAUUCCUUUUAUUCCGGUCAUGUGAGGUUAGCCGGCAGCCGGCACGGACCGGCCUGGAUGCCGGUCGCUAUGGCGACCGUAGCGUCGGUAACGGCCGGACUGAUGCGGUGGCGGGAUGCUGGUUCUGUUGCUGCCAGAGCCGUCGGGCAGGACCGACCAGCUCCAUAAUCAGGGCUUUGUUUCAGCAUCUUCUCCACGGUGUAAAUGUUUUGUAUUAAAUCAGCGGGGAACUAAGGGAUUUGUACAUUUAAAAUGUUAAUUUCUUUCUUCUUCCGUUUAUCCUGACACACAAGUUCUGUCACUGUGAGUUUGUUUCAUUUAUACUUCAGAAAUACUGGUAAAUCCUCCGUAAUAGGAGCUUACGACAGCAGCUUUAAGUCUGAAACAGUCGGUGCUGGAUUGCCAGACCAGAUCCUGCAGAGUCGGACCUCUCCCACUGCACCAGGUUGGAUUCCAGGAUUCCUGCUGCGUCUCUGAUGUUUCAACUCCUGUCGAGGACCAAUCUUUCCCGAGCUGGGCAUUGUGCAAUGUUGAACACUAAUUCACUGAAGGGACACUUGAUUUUUCUGUUGUUUAAUGUUUGUAACAGACUUAAUUCUAACAGGAAUGUGAACUGAAAUAAUUCCAGAUGAAUUAAAGAGAGAAAGGAGUCCUUUUGGAAUAAAAGUGGUUCUGUGUGUGUUGAUCC